AACAAAGCAGAACCUGUGAUCAUUUCAGUCGCUGAACUUAGAAAUGGCGGCCGCAUUCAACCUACUGGUGAAAACGCACACUGUUGGAAGUUUCCCUUUGCAGGCAGUGCAAAACAGUGAAAAUUUUACCUUUCUCGAUCCAACGCAGACUUUUUCCAUUGUGAACGGUGUGUUUUAGUGUGAUUUUGGGGCAUACAGGUCCCUUUGAGUGUUGUGUAAGGUUUAAGGUCCGGGGGCGCUUUGACGGUUGCCCAGUUAUCGCGAAUGGAAAAUUUGGUUACAUAAGUGUUCCUGGCCAUUCGCUGGAGAAAAGUCGAUGUUCAAUGGAAGUGAUUGUUGGCUGGUGGGCGAAAGAAAUUUGGGGUGGCUGUAAAAGUUUGUGUUUUGAAAAAUGUGACGAUUGUUGCAAGCACUGUUUUUUUUAUUGCAAAACAAACUACACUAUGUGAAAAAUCGACAUGUUAAUAUCGUAAACAGUGUUUAGAGGAUAAACAAACGGAGUAUCAAAAAGGUACGCACCUGGAGAUUAUAUAAGUUUUAACCUUCAAUUUCUCCAUUCACGCAAUAUCAGACAUCGGCUAUGGUAGAGCAAGGAGCAGCCUGUCAAGAAAAUUAAAUUAACUGUACCAUCCGUACUACCAAGACCAUCACGGCCAAUCCUCGUCUAUUAUUCUUCGCCUUAGCAAAUAUUUGCUAGUGCCACAAAAUAGUCGGGCACAAACAAAUUCUAUCAAUUUCGGGAUGUUUGUUCAAUGAAACCAGGACACGAGUCUGCUGCAAACUCUCCGGGCGCAGGCAUAUAUUGACGGCUAUCGGCGCCAUAUCACUAGCGUCAUACUGGCGACCAGAGGCAGAUAGAUGAUGAGGUCAUUAGCAACCGGGGCCAAACUGCCCGUUCUAGCCGAUAACUGCUCCGAAUUGGGUAAUAUCUUGCAGGUGUCCAAGCAAGGUGGAACGUUCGACAUGGCAGCGUCCUCUCUCCAGCAGGAGGUCAAUCUGUCGCGACGGGCCUGUAGGGUACCGGACCAUAAUCAAGCUAGUUACAAUGCACAACCAAUAUUCACGGAACUUACCAAUGGUGCUAAUCCAACGCCUGCAACGUCGAAUCGAGAAGAUGCUUUUAAUCUUUGCACUGUAAAUAGAGGGAGCAGUAGUGAAACGACUAGUGAAGAUCAUAUAGUUACAAGUGGUUCUCAGUUCCAUAGGCCAGGCCAGCGAUCCUUGUUGGCCGAGGUGAAGAGUUUUAACAGUUACCGGCUAGUAUUCAGUUGUGAUUUGUUUGCGCAAAUUUUCCUGUUAUUUAAGGCUUUAGUGAUGAAUACUGUCCCGUUUAAGGCAGACAGUAUCCGGCGCCCGGUGCGUUCCGGUAGAGGCAGUGACGGAGUUAGAAAAAAGUUAGCAAAAUUGUGCAUAUGUGUGAUCAUGGUCAGUGUUAUUUUCGGAAAUGGAGGUUUGGUGUUAGCUAGGCCCAAUCGGAGCAAUGUGGCGACGAGUGGAGAACAAGCUGUGAUAUCCGACCAACUAGUGGCGGUGGAUAGUGAAAAUUUCCGUUCGGGUAUGAAUUUCGGUCCUCUAGGACCGAGUGAAAGUCAAUUGAAGCGUUCUGCUGAGCUAGCGUCUAUUGUAUCGUCAACAGUGUCAGCGGACAACAGCGGCGGUUACCAACACGAUACCGGCCACGACAUAUCGGCAGACGGUGACGAUGGUCACGGCGAAGGUCACGAGGUGCAUCGAUAUCCGGUGGCUCAGGUUGAGUUUUCGCGCGUCGAGACGCCGUUCGUUAUCGGUGUGUGGAUUCUAUCAGCCAGUAUAGCAAAAAUUGGCUUCCACAUGACGCCAAAGCUGAGCAAAAUCUUCCCCGAAUCCUGCCUGUUGAUCGUGGUGGGAGUCAUCAUCGGGGUGCUGCUUCGGUACGCCACCAGUCUACACGUGUCGCCGUUGACGCCAAACACUUUCUUCUUCUACAUGUUACCCCCUAUCAUUCUCGAUGCGGGAUAUUUUAUGCCAAAUCGUAUGUUUUUCGACAACAUGGGCACCAUCCUACUAAUGGCUGUGAUCGGUACAAUAUUCAAUAUUGCUACCAUUGGUGUUUCGUUGUGGGCGUGCGGAUUGACUGGUAUUUUUGGAGUAGAUCUUCCAUUUUUGCACGUGUUUUUGUUUUCCUCUCUCAUCUCGGCUGUCGACCCGGUAGCGGUGCUGGCGGUGUUCGAAGAAAUCCAUGUGAAUGAAGUACUGUACAUUGUCGUGUUUGGUGAAUCAUUGCUAAACGAUGCUGUCACGGUUGUGAUGUAUCAUAUGUUCGAGUCGUACAACGAGAUUGGCACACAGAAUAUCGAAGUAAUCGAUAUUGUUUCGGGUGUUGCAUCGUUCUUUGUGGUUGCCGUCGGCGGCACCGUUAUCGGUGUGAUAUGGGGCUUCCUAACCGGGCUUGUCACUCGCUUCACCGAUCACGUGCGAGUAAUCGAACCGAUUUUCAUCUUUGUGAUGGCCUAUCUGGCGUACCUGAAUGCGGAGAUUUUUCACAUGAGUGGCAUUUUGGCAAUCACAUUCUGCGGUAUUACGAUGAAAAACUACGUUGAGCAGAAUGUUUCGCACAAAUCGCACACAACCAUCAAAUAUGCACUGAAAAUGCUGUCGUCUUCAUCGGAAACGAUCAUAUUCAUGUUCCUGGGUGUGGCCACGGUUAACAACCGGCACAUCUGGAAUACCUGGUUCGUUCUACUGACGAUAGUGUUCUGUUCCGUAUUCAGAAUAAUCGGCGUCCUCAUCUUAUCAGCGAUGGCGAACCGAUUCAGGAUACACAAACUGUCUAGAGUAGAUCAAUUCGUUAUGUCUUAUGGAGGCCUUCGCGGUGCUGUGGCAUUCGCUUUAGUGUUGCUAGUCUCGCAAGACCACAUUCCGCUGCAGCCGAUGUUUGUGACGACCACCAUUGCCGUCAUCUACUUUACUGUGUUCCUACAAGGUAUCACCAUUAAACCACUAGUCAGGAUUCUGAACGUGAAACGCUCGAGCAAGCGGAAACCAACAAUGAACGAGCGAAUCCACGAAAGGUUUAUGGACCACAUGAUGGCAGGCGUCGAGGAUAUAGUAGGCAAAACGGGCAAUUACAAUAUUAGAGAUAAGUUUAAACGUUUCGACAAUAGGUUCAUUCGUCCAUACCUGAUUAAAAAUUUACAGGGUCCUGAACCAAAGAUUUUAGAAACCUACUCUAAGCUGACAAUGCGCGAUGCGAUGGACUACAUGCGCCGAAAUCCGUCCACGAUCGGUCAGAUGUCCGGUACCGAAUCUAUGAGUGCUCUGUUCCGAAACUACACCGGCGUCUUCGGUGGAAGGUGCGGAGCGUCAUUUCUGGGAACAUGUCCCAGCUUUUCCAAUUUGGAAAAUUCUACCCGCAACCUGGAUAUGCAGGAAUUGGACUACAACCCGUCGAAGAAAGAUUUGACUGAUGCCAGGAUUCAUCAUUUACUUUCGGUAGAACUGAAACCAUACCGAAGGACUUCAACCAAUUUGCACCGAAGACUCAGCUAUAGUCGUCAUGCAGUGGACGAUCGUGACUUGUCAACGCAGCAGGUCAACUAUAAAAUGCAGAUGAACAUCCGGCGGAUGAUCAGCGAGAAGAAGCAUCACAAGCGGAGUAAGCGCGUCAAGGAUGGCAAGCCGCAGAACCACGUUUCAUUCCCCGAGUUCGCGCAGAAUGGAACCGCCAAACAGUUUGCGAACGAUUACAUUAACGAAGUUCUGCACGAAGACAACGAGGAUGAAGAUAGGCUAGCGGCAGCUCCGGCUGAUGACUGGGAUGGUGGUGGCCUUACGUUCACGGCGAAGUCAUCGCCCGAGAACUCGGCAACUGUGCGACAGGAAGCAACUACCACAACGGCCGGUGAGUGUGGCCCCAACGGUGGUUCCUCGAGUAGUACCGAGGCCACUGCCACGAGUAGUGCCAAAAAUAACUCGUUGAUCGCACACAUCACUAGUCUGCCGGGUUUCGAUCCGACCAAGGCCCGCAUUGUCAAGCACGUCACAAGCAAGUUCACUUCUUCCGCCUCGAACUAUACCAUCAACACGGCGAGCGGUAGCAACAGCAGCGACGCUGUUGCUGCCCUUCCCACCCGGCCACUUGAGCGUCCGGACCGUCUGAUGCCCACGGCGGCCGAGUCGUUCCUUCCUUGGCGGAGGGACAAGUCCUAUCAGAGUUUCGUUGAUGAAGCUGCUGAACCUUCCAAAAUCGAUAAACGUUUUUCAAAGGAAUCAAAAGAUUCCGAAGCAGAGACUCGUGUCACGACACCAACCGCCAUCGAAGCUGUACUACCGUGGAAACGAGACGUCGAAGACGACGAGAGUGGUGCUAUUAAACAAAACGAAUUCCCUUCCUGGGCUUCGAAUAAGGAGUAUUUAGCGUAUAAUUCACCAAGUGCAACAUUUUUAGGUGGCCUAACACAACCUAAACAGGCCAAGUCUGUAAUAGGUCUUUUCCGGCGCGAGAGUUCCGGCUCGGGUGGUAUCGUCAUCGGCGGGGUAACGGAUUCCGAGACAUCGACCCCGGUGAUGGCGACGACGCCGAUCGGUCGUGUCAAGAAGGAUAAACGAUCGGCAUCGAUCGCCGGCUACAUCACCUUCGACGGUUCCGGUGACACCAACGGGGAUCCGCUGGGUGUUUCGAAAGCCGCCGUUCCGCACACCAAUGCCUUCCCGGUAACGGCCAGCCAUAGGCGAAACAACAGACGCGGCUCGAUGCUGGAGCUGACAGGGUUCAACACAUCUGAAUAUGUCGAUUUCACUAUUGUCUCCCAUCGUCGUUUGUCGAUGAAAUGCUGCGAGGCGAUCCCAGAAGAAAAUUACACCAAGUCCCUGCCCGAACGCGACAGAUACGGAGCCCGCAGAGGACCAACUCUAAUCAAGGUCUCGGGAACGCCCAGUAACCGCAAGUCGACCAACCCCCAAACCACCGCACUUCUCUCGUCCAGUUCAACCGACUCCGAGGAAGACGAAGAGGAAGAUGAGGACUGUGGUGACGAACAGCAUCCCAUUUGAGAAAUAUUUAUCUAGGUAGUCUUUAGUCCUCCCGCCGUCACCACCGCUGCCACAUCCCGCCUCGAUAAGCCUCUGCCUUAGUCCACGUACUUAAUGAUUGAAUUAAAAACAAAUACAAGACGAAAGAUAACUCACCCGAAGUCAGCAAGUUCCGCUUCACAGAGAGUGGCGUGGGGUGUGUGCGAGCUGAACGGACGAGGUCUUCUAGUUUUCCAAGCGCUUCCUUCUACGAUGAGUUCGGUGAACCGAAAAAUGGAUGGAUACGCCACUCUCCUAGAGCCGUAGCAGCAAUCAACAUACUCGGUAAUGUUACUCUAGGUUAUGUAAGUAUUUUUUAGCAUAAACUGACGUUAUAUUUUUGGGUUAAUACGGGACAGUAAAGUCAAAAGAUCAUAGAGUAUGUAUUCCUAUUUAUUACAAUGCUAAUUUGAGUAAACAGUGAAACAGGACGGAGUUUUAGACAAAUCAAGGCAAGCAAAAUAAUGAUAGUUAUUGUGAUAGGAGAAGCAUAGUACUUCAUACGUUCUCUAUAUAUAAUUCUUUACUAGAUGCAUCUAAUAGGCCGUUUCAGAAUAGUGUCGUUCUGAGAAAAUCGAUAGGCUCAGUGUAAUCUUUUCAAAGUAAAAUUGCCAUCGAUUGUCAAUCCCAAGAUAAUUCAGCAAUAGGUCUAAUGAUGAAAAUGAGGACAGUUUCGUAAUAGGCCUAUCUUGUCGAACACAACGUCGAUAUGUCUCGUGUUUUAAUCGAAAGAUUUCUUAUAUGUUGCACAACUUUUCAACAAAAACAGGAUAUCUUUGUUCUUAGAAUACACAAAGCGAGUUGGAAGUGUAAGAUUAAUGCAUACAGCUCACAAGGCCCUGAUAGAACCCUCGGGAUUUCUAUGUAAAUCUGGAACCGGUUUACUAAGCUGACCAACAAUAUUAAUGAAUCUUGAAUAAUUUCUCGAUCAUUGGCAGGUAGUUUAGUUGAAAUCGGUUGAAAAACUAGAUCCAAAUAAUCACCGCCUUUUUUCGCCCAGCUACUCAGCACCUCCAUUUGGCGGUCUACGUUUGGUUUCAAGGUACCGAGUACACAACAACGCUUCAAUUCUACGGUCAAGUAAAUUACAAAUAAUGCAAUAACUAUGAUAACUUUCCAAUGGAAUUAUUUUUUUUCCGUUUCCAUCAAACAGCUUUCAACUCAUAAAUCAUUUUAUAUGACGAUUUCAACAAGCAAACUAUGUAUUUGUACUAUAAGUUGGCAUAUUGUCAAAAGUACUCAAAAGUUUAGUGGAGGUGAAAACAUAAAAUCUUGUAUUGCGCUGUUUAGAAUGAUUCUCCUUAAUCCCACCAGACGACAGGGUUUGGCAGCAGACAUUCAAUAUUUUGUCCGGGAACCAGCUUGAAAUCCACUAUAUACAAUGUAUUCUGCUUCAUCGUUCCAUUCCGUGAUUUAGAAGCUUGGAAAAAAAACGAUGAAUUCCUUUUGGUGGAACCGUAUUUUGGCGAUAUCCCGAUCCGACAGAUCUUGGUUUUUCUUGAUCGAGCUCAACAUCUCCUAGCUGAAGAUCCAAACUACCAGCGCGACAUAUGCUUUAAACAUCCGGACUAUAAUCAUGGAGCCACGGUAUAAAUGACAAUUUUCUCCUUUUUCGCGUUAUUUCGAAUUGUCCACUGCGGGUUUUCGGCGUUGGUAGAAUUAAUAGUUUUCUAGUCUACAACCUCGCACAACUUUUUGUUCGUACCGAGACGAAACUGGAACACGUGUACCUCAAAAACAAAUCACUGUCAAAACAAUCCACAUCCAACCACAUGAGGCUGUAGAAUAAAUAACUUAUCCAGAUUCUGGGCGAGUCCGAAUAUAUUUGGUUAAGGACAUGCUGAAUAGAGUCACAAGGUGACAGCUAUCGUUUCUGCUUCUUUUUAUUUCAUCGUCAAAAUCAAAACAUUGCAUUGGCGCGCACGACAAAAUCGUUUUUAACUCAAAUGUCUUAUCUCAGAUUGCUUAGAAAUUGUAUCACUGUAUGUAAGCAUGUUAGCACAUGCAGAUGAAUAGAUUCUCUUCACGGAAUUUCGAUUAGUGUGGGAAAUUGGUAUUUUUUCAUUUUUCAAAACUAAUGAAACACGUGGUACAAAAAUCAGUCAGCUGAUUGCUGAACGAUACGCUUGUGUGCGUGCCAUCUCCUAUCGGUAUAGUACGUUCUAGCCGCACACAGAUGCUGAACGUAACCGGAACAUAGUCGAACAUAACCGAACCUUUAGUGUGAUUUUGGCAUCGCUUCACCUUAAGUUAGAAAAAGCUCAAGACAGUGCCUGCAGAAAAUACUAUGAAGACUUCUAGGCACAUUCUAUGAUACUGCCUAGCUAUCUCUAGCAACAGGCUAUUUGGAAUAGUUUCCGAAGAUGCCAAAGAAACUUCUCCGCGUGAGCAAAUCAGGUUCUUUAGGACACUGAACUGUUCUGAAAUAUGGGCGAUGUCCCCACAGGCGCUUCACAAAAGAACUAUUAUAAGGCUGUGAACCAUUUGGCGAUUUUUUUAACCUUCAAAAAAAUCAAAAAAAAAAAUUUGACAGUUCGAAAGUUAUUUUCUCUUGAAUGGAAAAAUUUAACCGAGAGAGCGAACCAUUUCAAAAGUUGACAUAUGGAUAGUUAUUUAGAAUUGACAGCUGCGAUCACCACAAGUUGGUACAGGUGUGAACAUUUGUCCAUAUUUUAAAAUUAGUUUUUUCUUAUUGCAUUAAGUAUGACAGUCAUAGCCUCGAAAAGUAAACAUCCACAUCAUGAAAUAACCCAAACAAAUCAUAACACAACACGUUAUCGUUUCCAUCUUUAUCCCUUAAUUUUGUAUUGAAAAAUAUUGACAACCUCAAUUAGGUACAGAAAAUGUUUCCACCUUUUUAUUCUGCAUCAUGGGCAACAUUUUAACCAUCGAGCUGUCAAAUUUAACUAUCGCUGUGUCAAUUUUAAUCAUGCUCCAGAGUAGGGUUAUUUUGCAAAUAACUUUCGAAGUGUCAGAUUUUAACUAAAAGUUAAAAAUUUCACCAAAUGGUUCACAGCCUAAGAGUCGUAAUAUAUAACUGGUCCGAUUUUUUCCGAAAAGUUUGUUACUAGUUACCUGCAGAAAGAUAUCUAGAAAAAUUGCGAUAUAGUCGCUAAACUUGCGUUUCUUCUCUAUUUUUCUCGUGAAUCGCACAGAAUUUACUUGGUGGUAGCGAUGACGCUCGGAAUCUAAGUCGAUCUCGGACAACCUGUUAAUACUCUCACUUUUAGUUGUCUUUUCAUUUCUCAUUCUAAACCUCUUCUUACGGUCCACCGAAAUACUGAAAUGAAUUUGAAAUGUUUGCGAUAUUUGCACGUGGGGCGAAUCACAAAAAACAAAAAUAAAAUUUUUCAAAGAUUUCAGUAUUUUUUAUUAAAAAUAUUUUUAACAAAACAACGUCAAAGAAUAUUGGAGAAAGGGCCUUGGUCAGCUGUACGACGCAACUUAGUCGCGAUGCUCUCACAAGAGCGCUGGACGCCACUGACGUCCAUCUUCCGGAUACAAUUCCUGAUCCUGGUGGUUAAGUGCUUCGUAUCCUUGGCCCGCCAAUUAUUCUUGUACACUAGGGCACUGUGGGAGCCGAAAAAAUCCUCAAUGAGACGGCACUGGGGCAAGUUGGUCGGAUUCCUUCCCGAUCAGAAUGAAAUAACAAGAUUAUAACAGCACACUUUUUGUAACAUGCUGUGUUAUAAAUUAGGUCUUGUUAGUAGUUAAAAUAACAGAAAUUUAUAACAAGUAACAAUGCGAGAGAUAGUUUUGAAAUAUAUCUGUUAUGUAUUUCUAAUCCGGUUUCUUUCGGCACGUACGGUAUCUUUUUCUCCUCAAGAUACUCCAGCGUCUUCUUGGCGUAAUGAGAAGACGCCUUGUCCGGCCAGAAGACGUACUUCCCAUUUGCAUGAUGCUCCUAUAAGAGCGGCAGAAGAUUUUUCUUAAAACACUUCUCCUGGUACACUUGUUGAUUGAUGGCCAGACCGCUCGGCUUGAACCACGGCUUUGAAAUCCCUCUGUCCGAUAUGGGGAUGUACAGCAUAACUUUUUUCAAAUUUAUGCUUAAACUUAGAUUUUACUUCGCGGGGUGUGGCCGACUUGUCGCUGGAAUAGCAACUGUCAUUUCCUGGAAUGUGGGUCUUCGAAAGUGGUCUACCGUAAACUUUUUUUCUACAAUGACCAUGUGUUUCGCAAAACCGUACAACACACUCGCGGAGUGCUUGCUGUUUCGACGCCAUCUUUGAUACUGACAGCACCCGAGCGAAAAGAAACAUGCCACCCAUUUCUAGGGAGUCCAGAGAGCAUUUCUCUUGGAGAGAAAUGAGCUCUUAAAUUUAAUUACAGAAAGGUAUUGAAAUCAUUCUCACUUUAGAAACAGUUUCUUAGAGUGCCCACACUCAGAAAGUUGGUAUGGGAAGAUUUUUUGCGAGAAUUCAAUAGCAACAGAUGUUGAAACAUUUAUUUUUAACAAUUCACAAAAAACUUCAACCGAGCCUAUCGACCAUAAUCAGGAUCCAAAAGUAGAUGGAAAAAAGCCUUAGAAUAGAGAAACUUUCUAUAGCAGCCCAACGUGUAUUUAGUAGCUUAGAAUGAAACGAAAGGCAUCACUGCGCCACCCCGAU